UGUUGGUAUAAUAUAUAAAUGGUAGCUAUAUCCCAAAUGUCUUUAUUUUAUGUCAGGCAAUGUUAAAGAUUUCUCACUGUCCGUGGCGAGCAAAGGCGAUUACUGUGGACAAAGUUCCCUAAAGAGCUGCCACUCAAAAAGUGAACUCACUUUCUAACGUUGAUAGCGGUCUUGUUAAUCUGCUCGGAGACGUUUCUGCUUCAGUGAUGUCUCGACUCGACAAGAAGUCUCCGUCUGUCUGUACGGACCUGCCGCUGGACAACACCGACAUUUGUAACAAGCUCCACCUGCUGAAGCAGCUUCUGAAAUCGUGUUUUGGCCCAACGGGUAGACUCAAACAAGUCCACAACAACAUCGGAGGACACGUCGUCACCACCUCCACCUCCUCCGUUCUCCUCCCAGCCAUUUCCUCCUCGCAGCCUUUCAUCAAUCUGAUCAAAACCUCCAUCCUCAACCACGUCUCUCGCUUCAGUGACUGCGGUUUGUUUGCCGCCGUUCUUUGUUUAUCCCUUAUCGAGCACGCGACACGGUCCGGUCUCCGUGGAGGCGUGGCCAUCAGAGUGAACACGCACCUGCUGGGGCUGUGCACCAGUUACCUCCAACGGGAGGACUGCGGUUGUAAAGUUAAGCUCGACUUCUGCAGCAGUCACAGCUUGGUCGCGUUGGCUCGCAGCGUUAUCUCCAGCAAACCAGCGUGCGCGCUCACGGAGCCGGAGGCACUUCACGUCAGCAAAUUGGCUGUACGGGCUUUUUUGCUGACCGUGCCCUGUCAGAGCCCAGGGGAAGUCACUCUCGGCAAAAUAGUGACAGUCUGCGUUGAAGGCCACGCUGUGCUAAACUCUGCAGUGUUUCCAGGUUUGCUGGUGGACGCGCUCGACGUCUUGCUUGUCGACGGGUCGGAGAGCGCGCACUCCAAUCCACUGCGCGUGGUGGUGUUCAGUGCGUCCCUGGCCGGAGAUCUUGCUGAACUGGGAGAUGGGACGAUUGACGUGCACCCGGGUGCAGACACGGACUCGCAGAUACUGGAUCAGCUCCUGGAGCUCGGCAAGCGGGUGGUCCGGGAUGAGGUGAAGCUCUGCGCGUGCCAGAAGGUCGUGCACCCUGUCCUGCAGCACUACCUGCAGAGUCAUGGUGUCGUAGUGAUAGAGAGACUUGGAAUCGCUCUCAUGGAGCCACUCGCUCAGCUGACGGGUGCUCAACCUGUGGCCACAUUGCACACCACCAUCCCAGCCAGGGCCUACGGGAAGGUGAGGGGUCUCAGUGUUAAGCCUUUUGGAUCCAAGACGAUGCUGCAUUUACACCCUUCUGGGGAGUCGUCCAUCUGCACGAUGAUCCUCUGCCACAGGAACGAGACUAUGUUGAGUGAGCUGAAGGUGGCGUGCCAGAAGACUGAACAUGUGUUGGGGCUCACCUUGAGAGAACCAUCCGCCUUACUUGGAGGUGGGUGCACAGAGACCCACCUGGCUGCUUACGUCAGACACAAGAGCAUGAAAGAAGUCCCAGAGACCGUAUCAGCCCUUGGGUGCUCACAGACGGAGCUCCUUCGUGGCGUGGACGGUUUCUGCCAAUCUCUGGAGUCUGUGGCCGCCGCGCUGGAGCACGACGGCGGGGACUCUUUCAUGGAUCUGACUCACGCUCACCACUGGACUCACCCGGCAGAUUGCUUGAAAGGACUCGUGGAGGAGGAUAGCUCGGGUGUCUGUGGCUGUGGCCUGAUGGAAAGUAGCCCGAAUCAGAAGUGGACUUACCUCAACACUAAUUGCCCACAGUUCUCACCCGCACCUCUGUCUAGAGAUGCAGCUGUUCAGCCACGCGUGCUCGACUCCUUCACGGCGAAACUCAAUGCCUUGCAAGUUGCCGUGGAAACUGCUAAUCUUGCACUGGAUGUGCGAUAUUUAAUUCAAGAUAUGAACUAGCAGAAUAGGCUUUUUAUCCAGUGUGGAACUUUAUAGUUUGUGAUGGUCACAAUGAGGAAUGAAUGGUGUUUCUUUUUUUAAAAAGUAAUAUUCCAUUUUGAUACGAGGUGUUGGCAUUGCCUUGUGUAAAGAUCUGAAUGUUGUCUUGGGAUUUACCGCUUUGUUAAUGAUAUGAUGUUUGAGUAUAUACAUAUUUAGUGAAUGAAAAGAAUUCAGCUCUUUAUUGGAUGAUCAAAGUUUCACUUUAGAGUCCUUAAACCCAAAAGUGAGUUAGCGUUUUUGCACUUCCUGUCCCCUUGUCUCAUGGGAUGGAUUUUCAGUGAGAUGCUUAAAAAAUAUUUUUUAAAGUUCAACACAAUUUUAAGAGAUUGUUCUUUGAGAGAGUUUUGUUGAACAAUAUACAACAGCUUGUGCUACAGCAUUGAAGGUUUUGGCUAAAUGAGAUGACAGAACCUCAUCACAGUCCGCCUUUACCAAAGAGAUCGGGAUCAGGCUCGUUCGAGAUUAGCCGGCCUGAAUCGAUCCCUGGCAAUCGGCGCACAAUGCAUGCCGGUUAGACUCGUGUCUGACUUGCUCCGACGUCAACGACAAUCUAACGAGAUCGAGGCAGACCCGGGGCAUGAUGGGAAACGCUUGGCGGUCACCUGAUCGAUGAGCCGAUUGGUUCUUUGUUGACAACUUGUAGCAAAUGCUAUUUUUCUGUGUAAUUGUACUUUUUUUAACACAAGAUUGUAGGCUAUUAUCUAUCAUGUUGUGCAGUGAAGGUUUCAUCUAAAAUCAUAUCGUGUGUGAACGUGGUCUCCAAACUACAAGGAGCAUACAGAUCUAACACAUAUUUCUGUGCCUCUCAGUGCGCCGUCGUCUUUCUAUAUAGUCUUUUUACUUCUGCUAAAUGCAAAAAAAAAAUCAUAAAAGUGGUGUUCAUUUGUGGAGAUUAUCUUGCAACAUGUGUAACUAUCGCCACAAAUCUUCUUUUCUACCAUAAUCCAAAAUCCAAUUGAAAAAUUCCAUUGUCUUUUUUUUUUGUCGAGGCAACCAGUAGGUUGGCCUUUAAUUAAAAUACGUCAUCCCUGCUCCACUUUGAUCCAAACCAGAAUGUUUCUGCUGCAGUUGUCUUUGGUCAGCACUAGGUGGUGCUGCACAGUUGCCACAUAGUUUUUAGCCAACAUAAUACCAAGCAUUUAGUAAUUACAUUAUCUUACAGGCAAAGUAUUACCAGUCUCAACCUGCUGAUUUGCUGAAAUAAUUUCACAACCUGACAACUAUAAAAAUACAAAGACCAACCUCUGGCAACUGAAGGUUUCACAAACGCCUCCCUGAUCACAAUGUUUUCGAUGUGUUGCAUGACAGACAAAUUGAGAUCAGAGCCCAGUUACAUUCAGAGUGAUGAGAUGUGACAUUUGCUCUGUUCUUUUGCAGUCUGUACAUUUUGUGUCUGCAUUAAAAUAAAUGUGUAUAGCACAUCACAAAAUAUAUUCAUGUACACCAAGUGAUUGCAUCAAUGUCUUUAUGCAAGUUUCUU